UCUCCCCCAUUCUCAUACAAAUUUCUGCUGCAGAAAAUCGGCUCUUGCACGACUUUAGAUAAUUUUUUUAGAUUAAAAUCCAUUCUAUCGUUUGCUGAAAACCCCGGCAAACAAAAUUAUCAUGGAAAAUCGCCGAAUUUUUGCAAAGGAGCAGACAAAACGUGCUGUCGAUGCGCUGCCGCGGCCCUUCAAAGUCCGUUUUCUUUGGCAAGAAUCUUCUAUUGCAUCGAGGCCUUGCGAGUGUGGCUAUCAAGUACUCGAGUGGAUUGUUCCGAUGAGCGGUUCCAAGUAAAGCUUUGAACUUCGUAACUUCGAAGGCUCAAGUUAAAACUGCUCCUCUUGGCCAUCAAGUUACUGACUGUCUGGGGUCAGUCGACAGCUGAAGAGAGCAGGAAGAUUCCACCCUAUGGGGCCUUCACACUCAAGACGCUGAUUUUAGGUCUAGAGGGGAUUGAACUGACAAAAAAGGAGCACCACAAGGCAUUUUGAGGUACGCCGUAUCCUUCCUCGCUCUUGUGGGGGCCUACCUGAGCAAGGACCUCGCAAAGACUGUUGCGCUAUGGACGAGCAGAAAAAUUGGCAAAGCAGGCAGCUGGGUCUGUUCAAAACUUGGAUUUGACAGUCAAGAUGAACCUCAAGAACAACAAGAGGGCUGGAGAAUCUUGGGUCACUGUCUCGGACAGUUUGCAUACGGUGCCGGAAGCGCCCUGAUGAACUUCACGAUCAACUCAACGAAGAGGCUCAUUUUUGGCAAUCAUGCGGACAUGGAUGGUCACCCUUCUCUACCUUCCAAUGAAAAUCUGAACCUUCAGCGCAUUUUCUACAUCCCAAGCUCCAUCAGACAAAGAGUCAAGGAAGCGUUCGCCACUCACAACUUCGGCCUUCUUUCUUGUUAUGGCUAUGUGAACAAGCUGUGCCUCGUGUUACUAGUGAAUGGAGCGCUUGUUGAUUUCACUGCAGGGGCCAGCGAGCUGAGGAAGAAGAUCAAACCUCUCCUGGAGAACACAGCCACAAGAAUGUUGAGCGAGCGUCAAACCAUCAGCGCUCUGCAGAAGCGAUUUGACCUGGAUCAAGGAGGGUACCUAAAAAAGCUUCUGGAAGGCGACCUGAAGAGAGAUCCUCCCACAUCGUACUGCUAUGCUUUAGCAGUGAGACAUAGCCUCAAGGUCACGCCUGAAGACGAUCGUCAGGACAUCUUGGCCGCCCUGGGAGAAGUCUAUAACAUGAAGACCAAGAAAGUCAGGAGGGACGGACAAUCUGCAAGAUAGCCAAAUAGCCCCAGAAAACUUUUUUUCUUGUCAGUUUGUUUUGAGUUUAAAGUUUCUGUUUUAAAACGAGAUGAGAUAAGAGGGAAGAUAACAUUCUGGACUUCAAACCAACACCCCUGACACCCUUUACCCCUUUCGAUGGCUGAGACAACGAGGACAUCUACACAAAAUACAAGAAAAAAUGCAAAUGCAGCUUGAGUUCCUGGCCGUGCAGGAGAAAUACAUCAAGGACAAGCAGAGGAAUCUGAAGAACAAGUACUUGAACGCCCAAGAUUCUCUUCUGGGCUGCUAACACUUCUUGCAUUAAACUGGAGCCACCCCAAAUAACUUUACCAAACAGGAUAUUAUUUGGAUUCAACCAGCUGCCCAACUUCAACAAGUAAAAGGAAGCAAAUAAUUUCCGCCUGCUUGCAAGCGGAAAGGCAUUUGUAUUUUUAGAAUGACACUUAAAUAAAUCUACUAUAGUUUAAAUAAAAAAAAAUUGGAGAGCCAAAGGACCUGAUUCCCAAGAGCAGAGAGCUGGAAAUUAAAAUGGAAAUUGAGGGAACAAAUU